AUGGGACGACCAUUCAGAGUUCUGUUGGUCUUCAGUCUAAUGUUGGCCACUAACGCUCAAGUGAAUCUUCAUGAAACAAACCAUUUCCUCUUCGCUGCUCCUGGAGACAACAUCACUCUGCCCUGUUUAAACAAAGAUGUUGAGUUUAGAGGAAGCCUCCACAUUCAUAACGUGAGCUCAGAGCAAACUGGGACGUACUACUGCGCUGUGGCCGCCUGUGGACAAGUCCUGUUUGGGAACGGGACCGAGGUCAGGGUCAGAGAAGUCUCAGAGAUGUUGGUCUAUGUCUUGGGUGGAGUGUCUGUGUUCAGCACCAGUCUGGUUGUUGGACUCUCUUUCUGCUUGUGCACAAAUAACAACACAGACAAAUCCGUCAAAGGUGCUGCAGCUAAGACAAAGGAUGUUCCCAAACGUCUGCAGUACAAGGCCACAGAGCAGGUGAACAGAAGGAGACAGUCACAUGACACAUGGAGCGAGUGCGUCUACUUAAGUGUGGAGCAGUGA